GAUGCCUCAAGACUCAAUUAUCUCAGUAUUCUGAGCUCUGCUGCUUGGAGGAAACGAUACCCGGAUCCCCGAAGCUCGCCGACUGUCAGCGGGAUGACAUGAUCCCUGGAGCAGAGAAGGAGCCCCGCGCUUCAGCGGGCUGUGUCCGCUCUGGUGUGAGUGUCUCGUGUGCGUGUCUGCAAGAAGUGUAAACCAGCUAAGUCAGUGAGAAAACUGUAUACCGCCAUCUACCCUCGACAGCCAUCAAUAGAGUUGCCUCCGGAGUGUGCAGGACCUGAUCUGGAAGCUGCUUAUUUACCCCGAAAUCAGCGAUGGCGGGUAUUGCUUAUCAACGUCUCACCGAAGAACGCAAAGCUUGGCGAAAGGAACAUCCCUUUGGUUUCGUUGCGAAGCCGUCGAAGGGCGCCGAUGGCCUACCGAACUUGAUGGUUUGGGAUUGCGCUAUACCUGGGAAGACCGGAACCCCAUGGGAGAAAGGACUCUAUAAACUCCGCAUGACUUUCAAGGAUGAUUAUCCUUCAACUCCCCCGAAAUGCAAAUUCGACCCUCCUCUAUUCCAUCCCAAUGUUUAUCCCUCUGGAACGGUCUGCCUCUCCCUCCUGGAUGAAGAAAAGGACUGGAGACCAUCCAUUACGAUCAAACAGAUUCUCGUCGGGAUCCAGGACUUGUUGAAUGAUCCGAACAUCAAGGACCCUGCGCAGGCGGAGGCUUAUACCAUCUUCUGUCAAAAUAAAAUGGAGUACGAGCGCCGCGUCAGAGCCCAAUCGGAGAGAAUGGCCCCCACUGCUUAGGGUUUAAGCAGCGGAGAGCAUCAACCUGGAAAUCAACAUCCCAAAUAAGCUCGGCUCAAUCAGAGGAAUCGACGGCUUCGAAAUGUUCCCCAGCAGAGAGAUACCGACAUCGAUGUGUACAUUUGUAAACUUUAUGAAUACAGGCGGCCGAAAACCGGAGCUCCCUCCUCCCUCCAUCGUUCGGAAUGAAGCAUUACGACUUUCAGAAAUGGUCACGGGACUCUCUGCCGGAAAGUGAUGGCGUAUACGAAAUUGAAGUAAAUCUCAAGCGGAA